GGACGCUUGUAAUUCGGCACAAACCACCGACACAUUAACUUAUGUUCUAAACUAAAAUAGAUUAUGACAGCAAAGUUUACAAGCAGGCAGAGGAGAUAGAAGCCAAGAGAAAAUACUCCCCACAUCACAAAGGGCAAAUCAGGACCAUCAAUACGUCAACUCUUCCUUUCAUCCUUGUAUACACACAUGCGAGCGAAACAUGUACAGUAUGUUUAAGAAAGAGCGAGGGGGUUAGGAGGCUGACAUUUUCGGGCAAGAAAGGUUGCCCGGGGACACUCGGACUGCUCUUGGAGAGAAGAGAGGGUCGAAGAUUGAAUUUCGGCCCAACAGCAUUCCCCAGGAGCGUGGGAGAGAGAGAGAGAGCACAAGGGAGCAAGGGAAGAAAGUGAGUGACCUACAAACAAGCCUAACUAUGUUAACUCCACCAGAUCAACACUGCAGCAGCUCCUGGAGGAGCCACUGCUGCUUCCCCUCGCAAACGUGACCCAUGGCGGUGGGACAAUAUGGAGGAGGAGGGCAAAGAGCAGGAGGAGGAGUUGUGGUUUGUACAUCAUAAUGAGACGACUGCUAAACUGUCAGAAAGAGGGAAGAGGUGGAGGUACAGCAGGAGAGCCAUGGUCACUCUGUGGAGGUGUGAUUAGCUGGGAUCAUCAGUUCUGACCAGCGGACAGGGGAGAGUGUGCUUUCUUGUCUGUGCCCUGGACAUGGUGAUAAACAGUCAAAUCUAUGUUGGAGAAAUGUAAAGCUAAAAUCAUGAGGAAUUUUCUGAAAACUCUGCAAGAAAAUCACAAGGCUGAAUUCACAGAGAAAAGAGGAGAGAGCAUAGGGAGAGGCAAAGUAAGACGAGAUACACAAAAAGCAAAAAUUAAGACGACUAAAAGAUGGAUAAUCAAGACAGCGGAGGAGGAACAGAGGGAGGAGGAAACACAGAAAAACUGCAAGCAAAGGAGGUUGGAGAUGAAGACAAGCAAAUCAAAGACAAGCACAACAAGAGGGAGAAGGAGAGCAGUGAGAGCCAGCCGAGCCGCCGCUCUCAGUGGAGGAGCGGCUGGGCUCUGACUGAACGCCUGGCCAUCAAUGUGUCAGGGAUGCGUUACGAGACCCAGCUCCGCACCCUCGCCCAGUUCCCCGACUCACUGCUGGGUGACCCCCAACGUCGACUUCGCUACUUCAACCCCCUGAGGAAUGAACUCUUCCUGGACAGGAGCCGCGUCUGCUUCGAUGCCAUCCUGUACUUCUACCAGUCAGGCGGGAGGCUGCGGAGGCCUGCCAACGUCCCCCUGGACGUGUUCAUGGAGGAGCUGCGCUUCUACGAGCUCGGCGACGAGAUCAUCGACCGCUUCAAGGAGGACGAAGGCUUCCCCAAGGAGGAGGAGAGGCCGUUACCCACCAACGACCUGCAGCGGCGCCUCUGGAUGCUGUUUGAGUAUCCGGAGUCCUCGAGUGGAGCUCGCAUCAUCGCAAUCAUCAGUGUCAUGGUGAUUGUCAUCUCCAUUCUCAUCUUCUGCCUGGAGACGCUGCCCGAGUUCAGGAAUGAGAAGGAACAGAGGGAGCAAUUCACCACCGUACCUCACCCCACCAUAGAGAACGAAACCAUCUUGGUCCCACCUGGCUUCACUUCCUUCCAAGACCCUUUCUUCAUCGUGGAGACGAUUUGCAUCUUCUGGUUCUCAUUCGAACUCACUGUGCGCUUACUCUGCGCUCCGAGCAAGAUGACCUUCUUCAAAGACGUCAUGAACACCAUCGACUUCUUCGCCAUCAUUCCUUAUUUCGUCACACUUGGCACCGAGCUGGCCAAGGACAAAGGCGCGCAGCCCUCUGUGUCUCUGGCCCUCAUCAGGGUCAUCAGGCUGGUCAGGGUCUUCAGGAUCUUCAAGCUCUCUCGUCACUCGAAAGGCCUCCAGAUCCUGGGUCAGACACUGAAGGCCAGCCUCAGGGAGCUCGCCCUGCUCAUCUUCUUCCUCUUCAUAGGCGUCAUUCUCUUUUCUAGCGCUGUCUACUUUGCUGAGGUGGACAGGCCUGACACGGCGUUCACCAGCAUCCCUGAGGCUUUCUGGUGGGCGGUGGUGUCCAUGACAACAGUUGGCUACGGAGACAUGUUCCCGGAGACGGUUGGGGGAAAGCUGGUGGGGUCCAUGUGCGCCAUUGCCGGCGUGCUUACCAUCUCGUUGCCAGUGCCCGUCAUCGUGUCCAACUUCAGCUACUUCUACCACAGAGAGACUGAGUGUGAGGUAACCACACAGUACCAUCAUGUGUCCACAUUGCUGUGGGAAAAGGACAAAGAGGACGAUGACGAGGAGGGAGAUGAGGACAGAUUGGAUGAGGAGCCUGAAUUCACAGGAGAUGACGCACCUCUGUAUGGGGAGGACAGCCGGGGCAUCUGCUAUCCGCUCAAUGGGACUCUUCAGACAGGACUUUGGGCUGGACAAGCGACUGGCGAUCAGAGAGGAAUAAACUUCUACCUCAAAGAACCUCUGGUCACUCAGGUCUGACACAGAGCAGACGGACUGACAGACUGACAAACAUUGGAUGGAUGGCUACUGUUGAAAAGGACAAAAACUUCCAUAAAGACUUAUUCUGACACAAGAUCCUGUUUGUGCCUCUCAUGUGAUCAUGGUUUUUAUAGUUGAGACUUUUGCUGAUUAUAUUACAUAUAGAUGAACAGUGUUUGUAUGUAUUUCUCAAAAAACAAACAAAAAAUGCUUCAACUUAAAGAUAUAUAGUUUAUAAACUUCCAAAAAUUGCAAUUCUCUUUAAGGCACAUUAAUAUGACAGGUAGAGGUAACUUAUUAUACUCUGUUGUUACUUUGGAGCAAAGCAAGAAAAAUAUGAUUAAUAUAGAGAAAUUAACUAUUAAAUUUCCACUUGAAACCACUGAACCAUCAUUUUACUUGAAACCACUGAACUGUUUUGUAAUUCGGUUCUAGUUAUAGGCAAAAUAACUGAUUCCGAAAAAGAAAACCUUGAUUUAAACCCAAGUAAAUAUUCAGCCAUUAUACAUUUAUCAGUGGAAACAUAAUAUUCUAUAGAUAUAUGUUUUAUGCUUGCCUGUUCAAUAAUCUUCUAUGGUAAGUACCCCUGCUGUGCAUUGAUUGAAAACACCAUCGAAUCAUAAUUAUUUAUUUAAUAAAUGUUUCCAUUUUCCCAUAAUUAGCACCAGGCUACACAGUCCUUUCGAGCAAACUGCCUUGAAAAGUACUGAGAAAUUAUUCAGAAAUUACAAGGUCAAAUGAAACAGUUUCAAAUGUAGUGAUAUGUCAAAUGUGCCUGUGUCACUUUGUUUGGCUAAAUAAAGAAGCUGCACUUUAUCGUAUUUACUGUGCAACAGGUGAAAUAUCUUUCAUCGCAGGUGGAUAAAGGGAUAUCUGAGGUGGCCUAUCUUGAAAUGAUUUUAAGUCAGAGAGCGUGUUGUCAAAUUGUUCUUGACUAUAAUGUAGGUGGAGUAGACUCGUACGAGGAAGAAGAGAUAAUGGCAGACUUCGUCAGAUUUUAGUUCUAUUUGUUUCUUCUUGAAAAGAUGUGCAUUUAUGUUUACAUUUUACAUUAAAAAAACUUGUAUUUUCUUCAUUCAAUA